AGCGACAGUCUGCGAUUGGCCAGACGUUGCACGUUGCACAAAGCUGAACGGUACACAGCCGGUGCAUCGUGUCCUCGUCGUCGUCACGUGAGCUCAGAGGGAGGUGGGACACAUCACAGUCGAGAUGAAAGACAAAACGACUUUGAAUGAGACACUGAGAAAGUGUUGAUGUCGUGGUUGCGGUGCAUAUUUCGGACCCUUCAGUCGUGACCGGCUGGAGGCGAUCAGCGCGACGCCGGAUCAUGGGUCAACCCUGCUGCUGCUCGUCCGUCUGACUCGAAACAACAACAACGACGACGCCGUCUGCACUUGCGCCACGUCUCGGCAUGGGCUCCAGGCUGAGCAGACAGAACAGCUUGAACGAUGAGAAUUUCUCCAAAAAGCGUCGCAGGCUUGGGCACGGCGCGACUGAGGGCGACAAUCGGAGCGCCCGGGCUGGCGGAGGGGACCUCCUGUUCACCGUGAUGCUCAAGACGGACAAGCUGCCCGGGAUGCUGCGUCGGAGCAAUCACAGCCCCUAUGUGAGGCGGGUGGCGUGGAUCAGGGACAUCCAGAAGCUGCUUCGCGAUCGCAGGAUGGAGCAGGCGACAGACCUGCUCAGGUUGCUGCGGAAGGAUCUGGGACUGGAGGGUACCUCACUCAAUGACAUAUUAUACAAAAAUGCUGCUUUCCUCAAUCUGGUGGAUCCAAUUUCACACGAGCUGCUGCUGAGCUUGGCCAGAGAGAUGCAGAAUCCUAAGAAGGAUUCAGACACUAUAAAGUCGUCAGAUAAAAUUUGCAGACAGCUGAUCUACCACCUGACCCCGCAUUCAAAGUGGCUGAGGCAGAGCAUGUCCAGACGGAAAUCCCAGGCAUGUCUCAAGACAACCCUCCAGAAGAAGCUGUCCAAUGACACUGUGGACUUGUCAGGCAUUCCUCUGUCCACCCGGGAUGUUCGUCAAGUGGCCUUCUACCUCCAGAACAACAGAGACAGUGUGAUGGCUGUGGAUAUCAGCUUUACACAGCUCCAAGAUGAAAACUUGAAGCUUCUACUUCCUCUUCUCGCAUCACUACCCAAACUCAACACCCUUGCCCUCAACGGGAACCGUCUCACCCUGACUGUACUCAAAGACCUGACCGAGAUGCUGAAAGACCCCAAGAAAUUUGCCAGCCUGGCCUGGAUAGACCUCGGCAACAAUGUUGAUAUAUUUACUAUGCCUCAGCCGCUGCUGGUAGCUUUACGCCGACGCUGUAGCCUCAAGAGCAGUCUACCCACCAUCUACGAGUACACGGAGGGUCAACCUUACUGCUACCACCUGGAGACCUCUAUCGAGGAACCCAGCCACUAUGAGGAAGAAGAAGAAGGGGAAGAUCCAGAGGAUGACAUAGAUGGCAUGGGUAAUAAAUUGGAGCUGGAGCCAUGGGGUUUAGGUGAGAAGCAGCUCUCCAAAGACUUCACCCUUCACUAUUGUGAGAGGUGAUCAGGAGUUUCUCUCGCUGGCUUUCAAGUGUGGCUGAAAUGUUAUCACGCAGCGAUCUGUUAACUUCCUUCAAUUGACCACCCUCAAUCCUUCUGGCCCAAUUCACUAUUUGAGGCACGAGGGAAACCACAUUGUGAAACUCUCAACUAGACACCAAGUAUACCAAGACGACUCAGAAUGAACCUGCACUAGUUGACAGUGGAGGAAGGGUCAGGCGGUAGACUUACUGUGUUGGUGGAUGGUGGUCUUGGGAACAAGAGCCGUAGGACUGGAUUAAUUGGAGAAAUGUCUCCUUGUCUUCUCACUCCCUUUUACCAUAUAACUGUCUGACUGUGGUAGCGAAGAAGCCAAUCCCACAGAGAUUUCGGUCAGCUUUUUGGCUGGAGGAGUAGCAUUUCGGCAGUAAGGCGAGUCAGUUUGGAAGCAGUGGGACCCCCUGACUUCUCCACCAGAAUAGAGAUGAUCUCUGGCAGGCAGUGCCUCACUCCACAUUGUGUGUUCUCUGUUAAUCUCUCAACAAAAGCUAUGACAUAAGUUCAACAGACUACACAGACGACGGACUGUCACGUGACGUUGGCAAAACUGCUAGGUCAAGACUUUUUCCCCCCUCUUUCCUAAUGUCUACUUGUGAACACCGAUGCUGCCCUCGUGUGUAUGUAUGUAUAUGAGGAGACAAAACGUGGCUCUGUUGUGUUACCACUCAAUUUUUUUUUAUACUUUUGGUGAGCAAAGCAAUCUUAGAAGACAGCAGGUAGGACUAAACAAUGGUAGCUGUGAGUAUUUGUAAACUUGCUUAAAUAUCUCACUUCUGCAAUGUAGUCAUUACCAGUGUUUCUAUAGAAGCAACUUUUAAUAUGGGUUGAGGAUUUAAAAGACAAACAGCCCAAACACCUGUUGACUGUUAUUCGUUUCUUUCUUUUGGUCAUCAUUUGUAGUUAUUUACAUGUAUGUAUUGCUAAACUCUUUUAUUGACUAUUUCUGUUUUUAGAAUGCCAUGACUGUUAUUUCAUGAUUAGACUGACUUUCAGGGUCAUGUCCUUUGCAGUAGCACAUCAUAGUCAGACAGAUCAAAACAUUGCAAUGCAUGUCAAUGCACCUUUCUGUGUGUAUUUCUCUAUAUAGCUUCAUCUCUGUUGGUAAUUGUUUGACAUUAAUUAAUGUAGAAGUUGUCACCUUUACAACGCUGAUCCAAAUGGCUCAUGAUUGUUACAAAGUUACCCCAAAAAUGCUGCUCCAUGAGAAUAUAUACUAAAUGUUUAAUGUUUGUUGCACUAAAAUGCCUGGUUAUUGUUGUAAUUUUUUGUUUUUUGAUGUCUUUUGUCCAAUUCAGUGACUAUAUGACUCCCAAUUACAUCAAAUUAUCAAUGUGAUAGGUGGGUGCCGUCUUUGUGGAAUCUUCUAAAAUAGAUGGAAUGAUCACUUCCAAACACCUCUAAAAGUGCUCUUCUUACAAAAAAAAAAUGCCAUUCAAUUUGAUCUCCUUUUUAAGUGUAGAUUUUAGAGCAAGUGACACCAUUUGAAACAUUUUUAAUGAUUUGGAAAACCCCUCAGAAUUCUGACCAACACAAGCUUAUUUGUGGAUAUUUUUAACCGGAACUUGUUAGCCAAUUAGAGAUGGGAUUCCUGAGUAAAACAAGUAGACAUGGUGAUUAAUAAUGAAGUUGCACAGCUUUACUCAAAUUUAAAACCAUUUUGGACCACAUUCACACAAUCACACAAAAGCACUUAUGCCCCGUUUAAAAAAAUAAAAUAAAAUAAAAAAUCCCCAAAGGCAUCAUCCACUUCAAAAUUCUUGAUCCAUUGUACUAAUUUCCCCAAUGUUCCAAAUUCGAGGUGCAUUUUACUCAAGUUGAAGUGGUCAUUCCAACCAGACUGAGCAUCUUGAGAGAUUGUUUUUUUGGAAACUUUUGUCACGUUGCUAAUUAACACUGAGCACAGUGGGUUCAUGUACCGUAUACUGAAACAAUUUGAGUGAAAACCAAGUGGAUGUAGCAAAAGGCUAACUUGCAGAUCAUGUAAUGUGAUUAGAUUGAGACCAGUCACCUUUUAUGUUGAGCAUUAGUUUGCAAUGUCUUGUUUCAUGUCUGCAAACAACUCUUCCUUGUUGUUGAUUAUAUUUUCCAAAACCAAGCUACCAAUUAAAGAAUUGAGUCAAACUGA